CUCUAGGCUUAUAAGGCUUAGGUCAAUGUAAGGUGGUAUGGGCUAAAUUAAAUCACUAGCCCAUGGAUAUAACCCACUUAGCUUGGGAGUUCCGAAGGAUUUAGCCUGGAAAUAAGUAGCCCUAGUAUAAAAUUUGUUAUUCUCUGGAGUGUGUGUGUGUGUGUGUGUGUGUGUGUCUUCUUUCUCCUCAGGCUCCUGGUAUUAAGGUCAAAUUACAGCAUAAUUAACCUGCAGUGGAGUCAUUUAGUCUGACCAGAGUCCUUGGCCUCUUUAACCACCACAUCCCUCAUACGGCAACCAAAACUCCCCAGCUCACACUGCUAGACCUCAGUCCAGCGAUAUAUUAUGUACAAGCACACCCUCGAGCUCAUUUGGUCAUAUCGGCAAAUAAAUGAAGUUUUUUUCAAGUCACAAGGUUGUGCUUGUGCUGUGUAUUCACAGGAUAAGACUAAUCCUGGAUAAAAUACCCUCAAGUACCAACAAACACAGCCUAAUGACCUGCCAUGAUGCCAUCAUGAACCUUAUGGAUCUUUCCUACAAGGACCUCCACUGGCAUAGCGACUGCUUCCAGUGCUUUAAGUGUAGACGCUCCUUAGCGGACAAACCGUUCUCCACCAAGGAUGAGCAGAUGCUCUGCACCGAGUGCUACGCCAGCGAGUAUUCAUCUAAGUGCCAUGAGUGCAAGAAGACCAUCAUGCCUGGUUCAAGGAAAAUGGAGCACAAGGGCAACAGCUGGCAUGAGAAAUGCUUCUCCUGCCAGCGUUGCCAGCAGCCAAUUGGCACCAAGAGCUUCAUCCCAAAAGAUGACAGGAACUACUGUGUCCCCUGUUACGAGAAGCAGUUUGCUCUCCAGUGUGUGCAGUGCAAAAAGCCGAUCACCGCUGGAGGUGUGACCUACCAUGAGCAGCCGUGGCAUAAAGAUUGCUUCCUGUGCACAGGCUGCAAGGAGCAGUUGGCUGGCCAGCGCUUUACUUCUUGUGAUGACUUUCCUUACUGCCUCGGCUGUUUCUGCAACCUUUACGCUAAGAAGUGUGCCUCCUGUACCACCCCUAUCAGUGGUCUGGGUGGCAGCAAGUAUAUUUCCUUUGAGGAGCGUCAGUGGCAUCAUGACUGCUUCAGUUGUACAAAGUGCGCUGUGUCCUUGGUGGGUCGUGGCUUCCUGACUGAGAGAGACAAUAUCCUGUGUCCUGAAUGUGGCAAAGACAUCUGAGCACAGACCAUCUGAGCAGCUGACAGCAUGAAAGAGUAGGCAAUUGAUGUCAUAUGACUAUUUUAAUAUAACCAGCCUUAAAUUUUGUCAAACUUUUUGCUGACAUAUUCUGACAUUCAAUCUGUAAGUGAUUCAUGUGUAUUUUAUAUUUAACAAGAUACGCCAUUAUAUCAUUAUGAUAGUAGAAGGGGGAAAUUCAUCAGGCUGGUUAAGCAACCCAAAGUAGUACAUGCUUUGUGAAAGGCUUCAUGCUGACAAUUGUAAGACUAUUUUAAUUGAAGAUAUGUUAGAUUUCUAUUCUUAACACUAAAAUAAACUAAUAGCAUGAUUCUGUAAUUGUUUAUCUGCCGACUCAAGCAGCAUCUGUAUGUAAUGGAUGUAAAUAAAAUAGUCCAAAAUGCA